AUGCGCGAACGGGUACGCGUUCGUGGCACGCAUUGUCUUGCCAUUGGCGCAUUCUGCUCGAUCCUUUCGCUCAUUCUUCAAAUCGCGAUACAUGUAUCUCAAGCGUCGACGGGUGCGGGACGGGAUCUUGCUAUGGUCAAGGUCAAUCUACAAGCACUGGGACCAGAUAUGCGCGCCGUCUUUGGCAACAGCUCGAUUCAUGACGACCUGUAUAACACGACUGAGCACGCCCCGCUUGGCCAAUCCCUUGGCUUACGGCACGAAUACCGCUGGGGACUGUAUGGCUAUUGCGCGUACAUUCUGGAGCCAAGCACAUAUGGCCAGUGCAGCAAUGUCACGUUUGCAUCUGGAUGGACGCCAUUUGAAACGAUCCGGGGCGACAUCCCGCCCAAUUACUUUGUGCAAGUCAACGAAUUUAUCAUCAAGCCAUUGAGAGACUCUCCGUAUCUGGGCACGCUGUCCCAUGUCGCAUUCUAUCUGAUAUUCAUGGCGACACUCGCCACUAUUCUUGUCAUCCCACUUGGUCUCAUCCGCACGACCCUCACGUUUUUGUGCGCUGCCAUUCUCUCGUGUGCGUCUGCCGUGGCGCUGUUGAUUGCGUCGAGUAUGUGGACAUCGAUCGUGUCGCAUGUCCAGGCGACGAACAAGACGCGCACAGGCAUCUAUGUCGAUUCUGGGCAUUCACUCUACCUCACCUGGGCCGCGUUUGCGUUUUCGCUUGCGUCGGUGCUGCCUUUUGUCGCGCUCAUCCUGCUCAUCAUGGUCAAUGUCGGCCAAAUCAACCCAGGUCGUGUUCCAAGGUCGAUUUCGAUGGUCAAUAUGAAUGUCACAGCGCUGGGCGCGUCGUUGCAAGCCGCCACCGGCGAUCCCUCACAGGGCCUGUUUAACAGUACGGACUGGGUGCUCGGAGCAGGAAGGGGUCUUGAACCUCUUUAUUCAUGGGGUAUUUAUGCCGUCUGCGGCUACAAUCUCACAAACGGCGUCCAAGGCGCAUGCUCAACGUCCUCACUCGCAUAUCCUUUUACACCCUUUGAGGUUAUUAUCAACGACACCCCGCCACGAUUCAACAACACGGUCACGUUCUUCAUCUCAAACGCCAAUGACGUGGACAAAUUUAUCAAUUCGAGCUAUUUCAAGACAAUCACAAAUGUCGCCUUUUAUCUCAUAUUUAUUGCCACGAUUGCCACCGCAGUAGCAUUCUUCAUCGGAAUCUUCAAGACGACCGUCACGUUCGUCCUUUCAGCAUUGCUCGCAAUGAUAUCUGCUAUCUUCAUUCUUGCGGCUUCCAUACUCUGGUCCACCAUUAUCCGCCAAGCGAAAACCAUCAACGACGCACGCUCGAACCAAGGUAUUUCCGUCGGCAUCAAUGUACAACAGGGAAAUGCGCCCUAUAUGCUAUGGGCCGCCUUUGCGCUCCUCGUCGCGUCCAUUGUGCCAUAUACAGCCAGUUGCUGCACCUUCCGGCGUCGUUAA